CAUCUGAAAUCAAAUUCCCAAAACCCUCUUCAUUUUCAAUUGCGCUCUCUCUCUCUCUCUCUCUCGAUACAUAUACGCAGUCGUACGCGUCCGUGUGUAUCCAUAUCCAUCUCUAUAUCAAUCUAGGGUUUGUGAAUUUGCAGAGCCUGUUCUUCGAUCGAUCGUUGACCAUGUCGCUGAGGCCAACCGCGAGAGUCGAGGUUCGCCGGAACCGGUACAAGGUGGCUGUCGACGCGGAAGAAGGUAGGAGGAGGAGGGAGGACAACAUGGUCGAGAUCCGCAAGAACCGCAGAGAGGAGAGCUUGCAGAAGAAGCGACGCGAGGGGCUUCAGCCUAAUCAGCAGCCGCUCUCUCCCACACUUCAACCUUCAUCGACUGUUGAGAAGAAGUUAGAGCAACUGCCUGCGAUGGUAGCAGGUGUUUGGUCUGACGAUGCAAACUUGCAGCUAGAGGCAACUACCCAAUUUCGGAAAUUGUUGUCAAUAGAACGCAGUCCUCCAAUUGAGGAAGUUAUUCAAUCAGGUGUUGUACCUCGCUUUGUUGUGUUUCUUACAAGGGAGGACUUUCCUCAACUUCAGUUUGAGGCUGCUUGGGCUCUGACAAACAUUGCUUCUGGGACAUCUGAGAACACCAAGGUGGUGAUUGACCAUGGCGCUGUUCCAAUCUUUGUGACACUUUUAGCUUCUUCUAGUGGUGAUGUUAGGGAGCAGGCAGUCUGGGCAUUGGGAAAUGUUGCUGGUGAUUCUCCCAAAUGCCGUGAUCUUGUCCUUGGCCAUGGAGCUUUGCUUCCUUUGCUGGCUCAGUUAAAUGAGCAUGCCAAGCUUUCCAUGCUACGAAAUGCGACUUGGACACUAUCAAAUUUCUGUAGGGGCAAGCCACAGCCUCCUUUUGAUCAGGUGAAGCCUGCACUCCCAGCUCUUGAGCGUCUUAUUCACUCAAAUGAUGAAGAAGUUUUGACAGAUGCAUGUUGGGCCCUAUCAUAUCUUUCAGAUGGCACAAAUGACAAAAUCCAAACUGUCAUUGAAGCAGGAGUGUGCCCCAGGCUGGUCGAGCUUUUACUUCACCCUUCCCCUUCAGUUCUAAUUCCUGCCCUUCGCACAGUUGGUAACAUUGUCACUGGAGAUGACAUGCAAACUCAGUGUAUUAUCAACCAUCAAGCAUUGCCCUGUCUUUUGAACCUGUUGACUAGCAACUACAAGAAGAGUAUAAAGAAGGAAGCUUGUUGGACAAUCUCAAACAUCACCGCUGGCAACAAAGAGCAAAUUCAGGCUGUGAUUGAGGCCAAUAUUUUUGGCCCUCUGGUGCAUUUGCUCCAGAAUGCUGAGUUUGAUAUCAAGAAAGAGGCUGCAUGGGCAAUUUCAAAUGCUACAUCUGGUGGUACUCAUGAACAAAUUAAGUACCUUGUGAGCCAAGGAUGUAUCAAGCCGUUGUGCGAUCUUCUUGUAUGUCCAGAUCCAAGGAUUGUAACAGUUUGUUUGGAAGGACUUGAAAAUAUCUUAAAGGUCGGGGAAGCUGAAAAGAAUUUGGGUCGUACUAGUGAUGUGAAUCUCUAUGCUCAAAUGAUCGAUGAUGCUGAUGGUUUGGAGAAAAUUGAGAACCUUCAGACUCAUGACAACAGUGAGAUCUACGAGAAGGCAGUGAAGAUUCUGGAGACAUAUUGGUUGGAGGAUGAUGAUGAUACAAUGCCUCCUCCCGGUGAUGAUUCCAAACCAGGGUUUGGCUUUGGAGGAGGGGGUGAUGUUUCAGUCCCACCUGGUGGGUUCAACUUCAAGUAAAGAUUUUUGAGGAAUACAUCCGUCGAGGUCCUUGUUUGUGCAUGAGAUGGUAAUUGGAGUUGCUUGUUCAGAAUCAUGUCCUCAUUGAGUCCUUUACGGUCCAGUCUCUCAAGUGUGGCAAAAGAGGUUGCUGGACUAGCCUUGGUUUAUUGUAAUGAUUGUGGGUAUAACUUGUUGCUUAUACAAAGCCAUAUCAUCAUGAACAACUGUCGAUGUAUUUUCCAGUGCAUCAUCAUAAUCAUUCGGUCAUUGGUGGUCUCAUGAAUAAUAAAUCUUCCCGAUUUAAAAUUAGUACUUGGUGGUUUUGGCACUUUCAAAAC